AUGCAAGAAAUUCACCCUAAGCCAAAUCAUUCACCACUGCUUCAACUUCAUCUUCUCCAACUAGUUACCAAGAGAACCUCCAACUAUCAAGAAACUAGUAAAUCGACUCAUCAGCAGAAUUACAAAAUAUCACCGCAAGCAGUUCUUCAGAUUCAAAAAGUGAAUAUGGCCAAUGUAGUGGAGUUGAAGGUAGGCUUACACUGUGACGAAUGCAUCAAGAAAAUCUUGAAGACAAUCAAGAAGAUUGAAGAUAUUGAAACAUAUGAUAUUGACACAAAAUUAAACAAGGUGACUGUAACUGGCAACGUGACAACUGAAGAGGUCAUCAGGGUUCUUAACAAGAUUGGGAAACAACCAAGUGUAUGGGAUGAAGACUCAGCAAAUCAUAUUCCAAACUAG